AGCGCAACGUUUAACAAGCUUAACUGGCGCAGCGCGCGUUCGUCGCGAUAAAGUUUAUGUAAUUGAAAAUUGUUAAAGUUUAGCUGCAAAGUUUUUAUAAAAUCCAAAGACUGCAAAUGCGAUAGCUAAAAGCGAAAUGAUAACUAAUUGCGAUUGCAUAAUUAUCAAUAUUUAAUCGGUGCGAAGUGAGCUAAUUAAGAAAAGUUGCUUGUGAAAUCACGGUAAAUUCGAGCCGACGCAAACACCCACAAAAUUUUAUAUGGCAAACAGAUAUACAUUAAUAUAUAAAUGGCAUAGAUAUAUGUAUAUAAUUGUUGCAAAUAGAAUAUUUGUUAUCAUAUAAACAACAACAAAAAAGGCCUAAAUGUACCAACAAAUAUCGAGUGCAUGUAACAACGACACACAUGAAAACAACAGCACAUAUAUACAUUUGUAUUAAUAUAAAUGUACAGAGUAAACAUUUAUCUACAAUAUUACAUAUUUACACACGUGACUGCCAUUUUACGAAUCCAAAGUGCUAAUUGUGCCAAAUUUACAAAUAUAAUACAAAUCUACAUAUAUACAUAUUUACAUGAAAAUAUAUAAAUAUAAAUAUUUAACCCAUUAACGGUUGAUUGUGCACCAUUUAGCAAAUACAAUUCUUACCGUAAAUUCUAUUGUAAUUCUAAACUUAUUGCAUACGAGUGUGUAUGUGCGUUAGUUUUGUCAAAUUGUGAAUUCUCACACACACUAGCUAACAUUUAUUUGAGUUUAUGUUGGUGUAUGCAUGAGCUCUGUGUUUGCAAAUCAUUAUUGGUAUCAUCAUUUAGUUUUGAAUGUCGACUGCGUUUGUACAACUUUUAAUCAAUAAGUGUUCAGUGUUGAAAUUGAAGGCAGAAAUUCAUGCACGAGCACACAAAUACAUACAAUCACAUAGUGCAAUAUAGUAUAUGUGCAGCUCAAACGACCGUAAUCACCAAAAUGCCAAAGUCAUCGAUGCCACUAGCAGCACAGCAGCGUCUGUCCACAUUGAUACAGCGACAGCCUUUCAAAGGCUUACUCGCCACAGUGUUGCUGCUUUGCUACCUGCAAUUGUUGCACAUCAACUGCCAUGCCCUACUACUCAAGUGUCCACUUUUUCAAAUGCGCCUACAGAAAAUUGUUGGCUUCCGGCCGCCACUGGAAUAUUUAACCGAACAAAAUCUCAUUUACUCGCCGGCGUAUAAUUUUAAGGAUCGCAAUCGCUACAGACGCGAAAGUUACAGUGUUGUAGGUGCGACAGAUGGUCAAAGUCACGAACUGGCGAUAGCCUUCGAAACCGCGAGCGCCAUUUGUUGGCGCUUAUGUAAUGAGGACAGCGAUUGUAUUGCCUAUGUCCAUCUGCUGGACACAAACGAAUGCUAUGGCUAUUCGUACUUUGAGCGUCAGCCACGCUAUCAAGCGAUAGCCAAUGAACUGCCGUUGGUAGCGGAUGCUGAAGCGGUUUUCUAUGAGAAAUCCUGUUUGAAGGUGCCCGAGGUGUGCAAACAACGCAAAUGGACGCUGACGAAAAUUCCCGGUACGAGUCUGGUGUUUCAGGGAAAGAAGACAAUAGCAACGCUGGUCACGCGACGGGAAUGCGCCGAAAGGUGUCUUUUUGAAAGUGAAUUCAAAUGUCUCUCUGCAUCGUUUGCGCCAUCCUACCGUAAUAAUCGUGAAAGAUUCAGUCAACAUGUACCACCUGAGCAACAUGCGAGUAACAGUCUAAAACAACAACAACCCCAACAACAAUUGCAACAGAAUACAUUAGGCCGUUGCAUACUGAGUGAUAAAGAUAAAAUGAUACAACCCGAUGCUUUCCGGGCUGCACCCUAUGAUGAAGAAUACAUGGAAAAUCAAUGUUACGAACGACCGAUCGAGAACGAUAACUGUUCAUACGAAUUGUAUGCGAACAGUAGCUUCAUCUAUGCGGAAGCAAAGUAUUUGGGUUUAACCCAAAAAGAGUGCCAGGCAUACUGUUCGCAUGAGACGAAAUUUUACUGCCAGGGUGUGUCAUUCUACUUUGAACAUGAUCUAACCAAUUCGGAAUGUCUGCUGCACUCUGAGGACAUAAUCUCCAUGGGGCCGCGCAGUUUGAAGUUGCGUGAGAAAUCUGUCUACAUGCGUCGCGUCAAAUGCUUGGAUGUGCAGGUGCUGUGCACACAAGACGAAAUGGCCAUCAAGUACACGCCAAAAGAUUGGUUUCACGGCAAAAUGUAUGUGAAUAUGCACUCGAAGCACUGUAUGGCGCAGGGCAACGGCACCAAAAGCACCGUGUUACGCCUGCCGAUCGGCACCGAGGUCAAAGAGAAUCGCUGUGGCAUAUUGCGUGCCUACGAAGUCACCAAAGCAUAUCAGAGAACCUUCAUAUCCGCUCUGGUUGUAAUUCAAAAUAAUCCGAACGUGCAAACACAAGGCGACCGUCUCAUUAAAGUCGGUUGCAUAAUGAGCAAUUCAACGAUGCGCGAAGAUGGCCUUAAAAAGGAUGACAACGAUGAGGAUGAGUUGGAUGGCGAAGAUGUACCGAAUGCCAUAGCAUUGGAGUCGUCUUUGGAGUUUGCACAACACACGCUGCCAAAUGAGGGUUCACUGCUCUUCAAUAGCACAGACGUGCCACUGCUGCCGAAGGUAACGCUACAAAUUGUUGAUCUCUCACAUCAACACGAAACGAACGACGUGCAAAUCGGGCAAAAUCUAGAACUGCAAAUCAUUGCUGAAUACUCACCACACCAGCAACAGUUAGUCAAUUAUGUACUGCCGCCUCUGCCCGAUUUUCGCGCAACUUCGUUAAUCGCCAAAACGCAGGAUAAUCAAAAUUUCGUAAAACUGAUCGAUGAACGCGGUUGUCCUGUCGAUGUAACGGUAUUUCCGGCGCUAGAGCGUAUACGCUCAACCACACAAAAUAAGCUACGCGCACGUUUUCACGCUUUUAAGUUUGCCGGUUCCUCAUUGGUGAAUUUCGACGUAAAAAUACGCUUUUGUAUGCAACGUUGUCCAGAGGAUAAUUGCUAUCGCUACAGCAGCACCGAUGAGAGCAAAAAUUUGAGCAACGCUCCGAACAAUCGUGUGAGACGCCGUCGUCAGGUGCAAGAACAGAAUGCGCUGCCGCCACUCUCCACGCGCUUCAAAGUACAAAAUCCCGUCUACGUCUCGACAGUGAUGGAUGUCGCUGAAGAUCAGAUUGAGCAAAUGAAUUUAACGCGAGAUUUAAAUGCGAAAAAUAUGUCUAUGCAGGAUUUGGGCGUACUACCAUUGAACUUUAAUUUGCACGUGCGUGGCCCCGAUCAAGUCAACAGCAACAGUUUCAUUUACGGCGAGCGUGGCAUCUUGCUGAUUGCAGGCAUUGAUCACAUGCAAUUGGAUAACUUUUGCUUGAAUCAGAGCCUUCUCAUAGCGUUAUUGAUAUUCUGGUUAAUCUUUCAAGUCGCCCUAAUGUUCAGCUGUUGCUAUGUCAUACAGAAGUACAAACGUCUGGCGAUGAUGGAUGACGAACACCGCAAGAUCAAAGAGAGCUUAGACUACCUUGAAAGUCGGCGCGUGCACUGGGCGGAUCAAGGUGGUUACACGCUUUGAUUGCGAAUAUACCUAAAUUAAAGCAUUUUGUAAUUGAUUGUAAAUAAACCUUGAGUGUAAUAUUUAAUCCCA